UUUGAUCCAAACACUACCUCACUCAGGCUGAUGCAAGUUGUAUGAGUGAGCUGUCAACUGUGUGAAGAAUAAAAGUUGCCUGGCCGGUGUGAAGAAGAUGACAGACGGGGAAGGAGCUGAGAGUCCAAUGGAGCUCUACGAGAAACUGACCGCACAAGGAGAAGAAGUCAGGUCAUUGAAAACAGCUAAAGCAGAGAAAGCUGAAAUAGAUGCUGCUGUCCAGUUGCUGCUAAAGUUGAAAGUAGACUACAAACAGUUGACAGGUCAGGAUUACAAAGCAGGCUGUCCGCCCUCAGAAAACUCUGUUGCCCCUGACAACGGGCCAGCAGCAGAUGGCGCUAAUGAUGAAGACACAGUUGACCCAUGGAACGUUUCCACCAGCAACGCCAAGGGAGUCGAUUACGACAAACUCAUAGUGAGGUUUGGCAGCAGUAAAAUUGACAAGGAGUUGGUGGACAGAAUAGAAAAAGUCUCGGGAAAGAAGCCUCAUCGCUUUCUACGUAGAGGAAUUUUCUUCUCACACAGAGAUAUGCAUCAGGUACUGGAUGCGUAUGAGAAGCACAAGUCCUUCUACCUUUACACUGGCAGAGGUCCGUCCUCAGAGGCCAUGCACGUCGGUCACCUUAUCCCCUUCAUCUUCACCAAAUGGUUGCAGGAUGUAUUUGACAUUCCCCUGGUGAUCCAGUUGACUGAUGAUGAGAAGUACCUGUGGAAGGAUCUAACGCUAGAAGAGUGUCAUCGCUUCGCUGCGGAAAAUGCCAAGGACAUCAUUGCCUGUGGCUUUGAUGUGAACAAAACCUUCAUCUUCUCUGACCUCGACUACAUGGGUUCAUCACCUGAAUUCUACAGAAAUGUGGUGAAGGUCCAGAAGCAUGUGACAUUCAACCAGGUCAAAGGCAUCUUUGGCUUUACAGACAGUGACUGCAUCGGAAAGAUCAGCUUCCCAGCCAUCCAGGCAGCCCCAUCGUUCAGCAACUCUUUCCCACAGAUCUUUAAAGGCAGAAAGGAUGUACAAUGUCUCAUCCCCUGUGCCAUAGACCAGGACCCCUACUUCAGGAUGACCCGUGAUGUAGCUCCAAGGAUCGGCUACACCAAACCAGCCCUGCUGCACUCAACCUUCUUUCCAGCCCUGCAGGGAGCGCAGACCAAGAUGAGCGCCAGUGACGCCAACUCUUCUAUCUUCCUCACUGACACACCCAAGCAGAUCAAAAACAAGGUCAACAAACAUGCAUUUUCGGGAGGAAAAGAUACAGUGGAAGAGCACAGGAAGUAUGGUGGAAACCCAGAUGUAGACGUUGCCUUCAUGUACCUGACCUUCUUCCUGGAGGAUGAUGAACAGCUGGAGAAGAUCAGACAGGAUUACAUCAGUGGAGCUCUCCUAACGGGAGAACUGAAGAAGCUUUUGAUUGAGACUCUGCAGCCAAUGAUUGUGCAGCAUCAGGAGCAACGCAAACAAGUCACAGAUGAGACAGUCAAGCAGUUCAUGACACCCAGGCCUUUAAAUUUUAACUUUUAGCCUGCCUGAGCAACUGAGAUGUCAAGGUUCAUCAGGUCACUAAUCUCUGUGCAAGAGCAAAUCAUUAUCCAUCUUUUUUUUUUAAGGUUAUUGUAACUUGAAAUGGGAAGACAGACAUUUUCUCACACAGUUUGCAUCAGGACUGGAGAAAAAUGUAAAUUACUGGAGCAAUGGUGUGUUACUCUGUGUCAACCUAAGCAUUGCAUUACCCUCGCCUUCAUGUUAAUUAUCAUGCUACGUGUUAGCUUUUCUCUGCACCAAAUGUACACAUCUAUUCUCAUGAAUUGUUGCUGCUGUAAUGUCACAUGAGCCCUACUCCUCAACCUGAAAACCGUUCAGUAUGAAUGACAAUUAAAGAAUACAAAUGUACAACGUUGCAAAAGCUGCUCAAAACACAGCAACACAUCCACCUUCAAAAACGUUACUCAAGAAGUCUUAUUUUACUUGUGGAAAAAUAGCCUCUGGACAUUAACUGUCACGUUGUUAUAAACAAAAGCAGCUGUGUUGUAAGAGAUAGGCGCAGUAUGAUAAUAGGAGAUAUAUUAUGAGACGUUUAUGUUUGAGCACAUCAAUAAGGAGUCUAUCUGUGUAAAAUGUAUUUCCUAUCAGCAAAAGUUGACUCAAGGUAACUAUUUCUCUAAGCAUGGUCCACGUGAAGAAGAUAUGCACAGACUAAAAAAAAUAAACUGUACUUGAACAACCAAAAACAUGUCCUUUGGAAAACAUGUUUUUAGGGUCACACAGUCUUUUUCAUUUCACAGCAGACAUUUUAAAAUGUCACAGUAAAUACAUCAAUGAUGAUGGCUGUAUGCCAUUUAAGUCCAUCAGUUACAGGAUUUGAAUAUAGCCGUAAUUUAAGAGAAAACAAUAUACAGUUGUUCCUGAAAUGUUGAAAUUGCGGCCGAGUGUCUUAGA